AUGGGAAUCGUCGAUGGGACAAUCCCUACGCCUGAAGAAGGAACUGAUAAUUACGAAUCAUCGAGACGCUGCAACGCAAUGAUUAAAGGAUGGCUGAGCACAGCCAUGAACAAAGAGAUCCGAUGUAGCAUUCGAUACGCCAAAACCGCUAAACAGAUCUGGUCUGACUUAGCAGAGAGAUUCGGCACAGAAUGUGCACCAAGGGCGUACGAGUUAAGACGUGUUCUUGCUCAAACACAUCAAGACAACAUGACGGUGUCCGCAUACUACACAAAAUUGAAGGGAAUUUGGGAGGAAAUUCACUUUGUUUCUCCUGAUCCAAAGUGUACUUGUGCAGCAGCCAAACAACUUAUUGAAAAUAGGGAAAAGGAACACUUGUAUGAAUUCCUCAUGGGACUCGAUGAAGUUUUUAACACUAUGAAGACACAAAUAUUAACCACAAAAGUGACAAAACCAACACCGAGCCUUGGAGUUGCGUAUCAUCUUGUAUCAGAGGGUGAAAAGCGACGUGAAAUUGCAACUACUACACGCCCAAAUGCCAAACAAACUCGUUCCUUUAAUGGUUUUUGUGAUUCCUGUAUGAGAGCCAAACAAACUCGUUCACCGUUAUCAACCAGCUCAAUAAAAAUGUCUGAUUGUACAAAACAGCCUCAUCUAAAGGUGCACAUUACUUCUUAA